CCUUUGCUGUCUCAUCACCAAGUUCACCACACCUAGCCAACGAUGACAGACAGUGGGAUGAGUGGGUAUAAAAACCAAAGUUACAGCAGCCCUUGUGGACCUGUCUCUCCAGAAUGACUAUCUUCCAUUUCUAGGUCCCAAAUCAUAAUCAUGAAGUUGAUCUUAUGGUACUUGGCUGUGGUACUUUGCUUCUGCUGCAAAGAUGUGGAAGCCCAAAUUUACCGACAGAAAUCAGGUGGCUUCUCUUAUGGGAGUUCAUUCUCUGGUGCCUCAGACAGAAAAAAGCCACUCUUUAGCUUAGAAUUUGGUUCUUCAGGAGAGGCUGAAGACAAGUCCGGACAACGUCGAGGUACUGCAAGUUCAAAGUCAGAAGACACCCUGGCAGGUGGCUUUUCUUAUGGUAGUUCAUCCUCUGGUGACUCAGACAGGAAAAAGCCACACUUUAGCUUAGAAAUUGGUGCUCAAGAUAAGGCUGAAGACAAGUCCAGAGACCGUCAGGAUGUUGGAGGUUCACAGCCAGAAGACAUCCCAGCAGGUGGCUUUUUUUAUGGUAGUUCAUCCUCUGGUGACUCAGACAGAAAAAAGCCACUCUUUAGCUUUGAAUUUGGUGCUUCUGGAGAGGCUGAAGACAAGUCCAGAGAACCUCGGUAUGCUGAAAGUUUAAGGUCAGAAGAUACUUCAGCAGGUGGUUCAAGUGCAAGAAAUAAGUUUGAAUAUUCUGGUGGUAUCUCUGAAGAUUCAGAAGUCAAAUUGGGGUCAUCUGAUCAACAUGGAUUUAAAGUCAGUAAAACUGGUGGGAAUAGAAAGAGAAGCAGUGAACCUGCUAAGGCUGGAAACUUGAGUCCUGGAUCUGAUGUCAAUGACUCAGGAGGAAACACUUGGUCUUCUGGUUCUGGAAGUGAUGGAGAAAGUGUCACCAGUUCAUCUGAAUACAGUACGUCUGAACCACUCAAUACUCCAGGAAAAGGAUCCCAUAUUCCAGAAGCAACUCCAAAAUACUCAGAAACAAGUGCAAUUAUUGGUGAAGCGUCUACCUGGAGCAAAGGAGCAUAUAAAUCUUUCAAUGGCCGCAUCUUUUCCUUUGAAUCUUCAUGCCCGUACACUUUCUGUCGUCACUGUGUUGAAUCUGGAGGAGAUUUCAAUAUUGAGAUCAAACGAAACAAGGAUAGUGAGAUUGAAAAAAUAACAGUUCUCAUUGACAAUAAUGACAUCUCUAUUUUCGGUGACACUAUUUUAGUUCAUGGAGAAAGUGUCCAGAUACCAUAUAACAAUAAGUUGAUUCACAUUAAAAAAUUUGGAGAAUAUAAUGUUCUGAAUAGCCGUAGAGGAAUCCUGACUUUAAUGUGGGACAAAAAUAACAAACUCUCACUAACUCUUCACAAGCAGUAUCCAACUUGUGGUCUUUGUGGUAACUUCAACAGCACUCCAGGGCAAGAUAUUACCGAACACAUUGCCAAUAGUAAAAUUCCCGGUGAUUGUCCCAGUGCUGUUGGUAAAAGCUAUGAAGUUUGUGAAGAUGGAAUACAGUACUGUAACAAAAUUAUUGGAACCUACUUUGAGAAAUGUGGAAAGGUUGCUGCUCUAUCCAAUGACUACAAAAUGAUCUGCAUUGAUGAAUACUGUCAAACUAGAGAUAAAACAUCUACAUGUGACACGUAUUCAGAACUGUCCCGUCUUUGUGCCUCAGAUGGUCCUGGCACCUUUGAAUCCUGGAGAAGUGAUUACGAUGUGGCUUGUGAAACACAAAUAUGUCCAGAACAGCAUAUCUACAAAGAAUGUGGACCCUCCAAUCCUGCAACUUGUUCUAAUGUGGCUCCUUUUCAAGACAGUGAAUGUGUGAGCGGCUGCACCUGCCCAGAAGAUUAUCUGUUGGAUGACAUUAGAGAGAAAGGAAAAUGUGUAUUAAAAGCUGAAUGUCCCUGUGAAUCCAACGGAAAAGUGUAUCAGGCAGGAGAAGUCCGAGAAGGUCCUUGUGGUUCUCAGUGCACAUGCCAAGACGCAAAGUGGUCUUGCACUGAAGCAUUAUGCCCUGGAAGAUGUAAGGUGGAAGGAAGUUCCUUUACCACCUUUGAUGGUGUUAAGUACAACCAUCCUGGAAACUGCCACUUCCUGGCCAUUCAUAAUGAAGAUUGGUCUAUUAGUGUCGAGCUCCGUCCAUGCCCAAGUGGUCAGACAGGAACGUGCCUAAAUAGUGUUACACUUCUCUUGAGUUCUUCUGUUCCAGUUGACAAAUAUAUAUUCAACAGUGAUGGAACAGUCACAAAUGACAAGAUUGGAAAUCAAGGUUAUUACUAUUCAGAUAAAAUACAGAUCUUCAAUGCAUCUUCCUCAUACCUUCAAGUAGAAACAUACUUUCAUGUAAAACUACAAAUACAAAUUGUUCCUGUGAUGCAAUUAUAUGUUUCUAUGCCACCCCACCAAUUCACAGACACCGUGGGACUCUGUGGUUCCUAUAACAACAAAGCCGAGGAUGAUUUCAUGUCAAGUCAGAAUAUAUUGGAGAAGACAUCUCAGGCAUUUGCUAAUUCUUGGGAAAUGAUGUCCUGUCCUAAAGGAAACCCCUCUUCAUGUAUCAGUAUAGAAAAAGGAAAGUUUGCUGAAAGGCACUGUGGAAUUCUUCUUGAUUCAAGCGGGCCUUUUGCUUCCUGCCACCCAAUUGUGAACCCUAAACCCUAUCAUGAGGAAUGCAAAAAAUAUACUUGCACUUGUGAAAACAGUGAAGACUGCCUAUGUACAAUUUUAGGCAACUAUGUGAAAGCAUGUGCUGAGAAGGAAACAUACAUAGUAGGAUGGAGAACUGGCCUAUGUGAACAUUCUUGUCCAAGUGGCCUAGUUUUCAAGUACAAUGUAAAAGCCUGUAAUAGUUCUUGCCGAUCAUUGUCAGAGAGAGAUAGGAGCUGUGAUGUGGAAGAUGUUCCAGUUGAUGGAUGCACCUGCCCUGAUGAAAUGUACCAGAAUAAUGAAGGAAACUGUGUUCCAAAAUCUCAGUGUGACUGCUACAUAAAUGACGAGGUCAUGAAACCAGGCAAACUCAUCCAUAUUGAUGACAAUAAAUGUGUCUGUCGGGAUGGAAUUCUUCUUUGCCAGAUUCCCAUUGAUUUAGCCCUACAAAAUUGUUCUGGAGGGGCUGAGUAUGUAGACUGCAGGGAUCCCAAGGCACAGAGAAGAACUGACAGAACAUGCAGUACUCGGAACAUACCUGUUUUUGAUGAGAACUUGCCUUGCAAACGUGGGUGCUUUUGUCCAGAAGGAAUGGUUCGGAAUUCUAAAGGGAUAUGUGUCUUUCCUGAUGACUGUCCAUGUUCUUUUGGUGGACGAGAAUAUGAUGAAGGAAGUGUUACUCCUGUUGGCUGCAAUGAAUGUACUUGCAUUAAAGGAUCUUGGAGUUGUACGCAAAAUGAAUGUCAAACCAUCUGCCACAUUUAUGGGGAAGGUCAUGUUAGAACUUUCGAUGGGAAAAGUUACAGUUUUGAUGGUCUCUGCCAGUAUUCAUUUCUUGAGGAUUAUUGUGGUCAUGAAAAUGGCACAUUUCGUAUUUUAACGGAGAGUGUUCCAUGCUGUGAAGACGGGCUAACGUGCUCGAGAAAAAUCAUUGUUUCUUUUCAGGAUCAGAACGUUGUCUUGCAAGAUGGUAAAGUAACAGCAGUCAAAACUACAGAAAGUAAGGAAUGUGAACUCAAUGCAAAUGCAUACUCCAUACAUACUGUUGGCCUGUACUUAAUUGUGAAAUUUCACAAUGGAAUAACCUUGAUUUGGGACAAAAAUACAAGACUGUCUGUUAUCCUGGAUCCAAGCUGGAAUGGUAAAGUGUGUGGUCUUUGUGGAAAUAACAAUGGUGAUCUCAAGGAUGAUUUCACAACAAGAUACACUUCAGUAGCUUCUGGAGCACUGGAAUUUGGGAAUAGUUGGAAAACAAGCCAAGAAUGUUCAGAUACAGUGGCUCAGACUUUCCCAUGUGAUUCAAACCCAUACUGUAAAGCCUGGGCUGUGCGGAAAUGUGAGAUCCUCAGAGACAGCACCUUCAGAGACUGCCACAACAAGGUUGAUCCCAGUGCUUACUAUGAUGCGUGCAUCGAAGAAGCCUGCGCAUGUGACAUGGAGGGGAAGUACCUGGGAUUCUGCACUGCUGUGGCUAUGUACGCAGAGGCGUGUAGUGCAGUUGGAGUCUGUGUGUCAUGGAGAAAACCAAAUCUGUGUCCUGUCUACUGUGAUUACUACAAUGCGCCUGGGGAGUGCAGCUGGCAUUAUGAACCUUGCGGCACAGUGACAGCAAAGACAUGCAAAGAUCAGCUCAUUGGACACAAAUUUUCUUCGCUUUUAGAAGGUUGUUAUGCUAAGUGCCCAGAUAGUGCACCCUACUUGGAUGAGAACACCAUGAAAUGUGUCAGUUUAUCUGAGUGCAGCUGCUUCUAUAAUGAUAUCAUACCAGCAGGGGGAGUGAUCGAAGAUAACUGUGGAAGAACAUGCUACUGUAUUGCAGGGCAGUUGGAGUGCAGUGAAACUGCUCCUACCAAUUCAACAUUUGCAGUUUCCACUACAGCUGCUGCCAUACUAAGCACUGGAGCAGCAAUUACACUGGUUACCAGUAGCCCAGGCACAGCAGUAUCCAUUCCAGGGAUUAGAACAUCAAGCGGUGAAACAACAGGAACGACUCUAGGUCCUCUCACCAAACCUUUUACUACAGGCAUUACUGAAACUCCAUUUCCCAUCAUCUCAACAUCUGGGAAUGUAGGCACAACACGAGUAGUGAGCCCCACGAUCACUCAUGCUGCGGGAAUGGCAGGUACGACUGGAGAAUCCAUGGGUGCAACCACAGGAGCAGGCAGAGAAAGCACACCUGGAGCGUCAGGCACUGGGGCCACCAGCCCUGGGAACCCAGCAGGAACAACUGGAGGAGUGGAUGCAGCCACCACUGGAGCUGCUGGUGAAAAUACAUCUGGGAGAACAGGAAGUACAGGAGUUUCUGCAGGCUCCACCACUGCCAGCCCUGGAACCUCAGCCACAACCUCUGAAAGCAGCAAAGCAGGAACUACUGGACCCUCAGUGGGUGAAAAAACUGGAGCCACAAGCAGUGAAGUGACGCCAUCUGAAGGCAUGUCAGGAACAACUGAAGGGAAAAAUGUAGCCACCACUGGAGCUGCUAGUAAAAACACUUCUGGAGCAUCAGUGUCAGGUGCACCUGUGGUAUCACCUGGAGCAACGCCUGGAGUUCUGGGUAGCAGCACCCCCAAGGAAGCAGGCAGUAGAACCACCAGUCUUAGAAACGCAGGUACGGCUGGAAUACCAGGUGGUGCAACUAGUGGAGGUGAAAUGACAUCUGGGUGGUCCAGCAGUGGUACCACCAUGGCCUCUUCAAGUAAACCAGGGGUAACUAGAUCAUCAACUCGAGAGAAAGAGACAACUGGACCAACAGCUACAGUAAUAGGGAAUUAUGGACGAACAUCUGAAAUAACAGGGACAAGUAAAUCAUCAUCUGAAGUUUCAGGGACAAUGAGGCCAUCAGAUACAACAUCAGGAGCAACAGGAACAUCAGUGAAAAGGACUUCUGAACAAUUGUCAGGAGUCACAGCAGCAUCUGAACCAUCAGUUGGAGUAUCAGGGACAGCUGAAUCAUUAACUGAAAUAUCAGGGACAACCAGACCAUUAAUUUCAGAAUUAAGAACAACUGGAUCAUUAUCUGGAGGGUCAAGGACAACUGAACCUUCAUCAAGAGAAUCAGUGACAACUGGACCAUUAGCUGAAGGUUCAGGGACAAGUGGAAAAUUGGUUAUAGGAUCAAAAACAACUAGAUUAUCAGCUACAGAAUCAGGGACAACUGGGUCUUUUACUGGAGGAUUAGGUACAAGUAGAUCAUCUGCUAGAGAAACAGGGACAACUGAACCAUCAGCUGAUGGAUCGGGGACAAGUGAACCAACUAUUGUAGAAGGAAAGACAUCUACACCAUCAGCUAGAGUGACAGUUACAUCUGGAGACUCACAUAGAGUGACUGGAGCAACUGAACUAUUGGCUGGAGUGACAGGACCCACUAAACCAUCUGUGGUAGGAUCAGAGACAACUGGAUCAUCUGUUACAGGAGUAAGGACAACUGCCCAAACUUCAUCUGGAGGAUUAAGUACAACUACAUCACCAGUUGGAGGAACAGGGACCACUGGACAAUCACCUGAAAUAUCAGGGACUGCAGGACCAUUUACUGGAUUGACAAAGAUAUCUGCACAAUCAGCUGGAGUGGUAGUAACAACAGGAAUUUUUGUUGAAGGCUCAUUGACAACUGAAAAAUCUCUUGUAGAAUCAGUAACAACUGGAUUAUCAGCUGAAGCUACAGGGACAACUGGACCAUCUAUUACUGGAGCAGGAACAACCAGACCAUUCGUUAUAGGAUCAUGGACAGCUGGAACUUCAUCUGGAGGACUGGGUACAACUAGUCCAUCAGUUGGAGGAACAGAGACAGCUGGACAAUCAGCUGCAGGAUCAGUGACAACAGAGACAGUUUCUGAAUUGACAGAAACCUCUGGUCCAUCAGCAGAAGUAACAGUGACACCUGGAAAAUUACCUGCAGUGACUCAGAAAACUGGAUCAUCAGCUGCAGUAUCAGGAACAACUGUACAAUCUCUUACAUUAUCAGAAACAACUAGAACAUCAUCUGGAGAAACAGAAACAACUGGAUCAUUAGUUAAAGAAUCAGGGACAACUAAACCAUCAGAUGUAAAAUCAGGAACUACUGGACCAACAGCUGGGGUGACAGGUACAAAUGGACCACCAUCUGGAGUGAGAGGGACAACUGGACCCUUAGCUAAAGUGACAGGGACAACUGGACUACCAGCUGGAGUGACAGAGACAAAUGGAUCAACAGGGGUGAUAGUGACAACUGGACCAUCACCUGGAGUGACAAGGACAACUGGAUCAUCAGCUGGGGUGACAGGAAAAACUGGACUAUCAUUUGGAGUCACAGGAAAAACUGGAUCAUCAACUGGGGUGAUAAGAAUAACUGCAUCAUCAGUUGGAGUGACAGGGACAACUGGACUGUCAGCUGAAGCAACAGGGACAACUGGCCUAGCAGCUGGAGUGACAGGGACAAGUGGACUAUCAGCUGGAGUGACAGGGACAACUGGGUCAUCUGCAAGAUCAGGGACAAAUAUACCAUCAGCUGGAAAAACAGGAACAACUAGAACAUCAGUUGAAGAAUCAAGGACAACUGGACCAUCAGCUGGACUAACAGGUACAAAUGGACUAUCAGCUGAAGUGACGGGGGAAACUGGACCAUCAGCUGGAGUGAGAGGGACAACUGGACCAUCAGUUGAACUGACAGGAACACCUGGACUGUCAGCUGAAAUAACAGGGACAACUGAAUCAACAGCUUUGGUGACAGGGACUACUGGUUCAUCAAUGGAAGUGACAAGACUAUCUCAACUAUCAACUGGGGUGACAGGAACAAUUGGAUCACUAGCUGGAGUAACAGGAAAAACUGGACUAUCAGCUGGAGUAACAGGAAAAACUGGACUAUCAGCUGGAGUGACAGAGACAAGUGGACUCUCAGCUGGAGUGACAGGGACAGCUGGGCUAUCAGCUGGGGUAACAGGGAUAAUUGGAUCACCAGCUGAAGCAACCAGGACAACUGGACUAUCAGCUGGAGUGACAGGGACAAUUGAAUCAUUGGCUGAAGUGACAGGGAGAAGUGGACUGUCAGCUGGAGUGACAGGGACAGGUGAACUAUCAGCUGGGGUGACAGGGAUAAGUGGACUAUCAUCAGGAGUGACAGGGACAAUUGGAUUACCAGCUGAAGCCACAGGGAAAACUGGACUACCCACUGGUGUGACAGGGACAUUUGGAUCAACAGCUGAAGCAACAGGGACAACUGGACUGUCAGCUGGAGUGACAGGGACAAGUGGACUAGGAGUGACAGGAACAACUGGGCUAUCAGCUGGAGUAACAGGGACAGUUGGAUCACCAGCUGAAGCAACAGGGACAACUGGACUAUCAGUUGGAAUAACAGGGAAAGGUGGACUCUCAGCUGGAGUGACAGGGACAACUACGCUAUCAGCUGGGGUGUCACGGACAAGUGGAUUAUCAACUGGAGUGACAGGGACAACUGGGCUGUCAGCUGGGGGGGCAGGGACAAUUGGAUCACCAGCUGAAGAAACAGGGACAAGUGGACUAUCAGCUGGAGUGACAGAGACAAGUGGAAUACCAUCUGGGGUGACAAGGAGAAUUGGAUCAUUAGCUGGGGUGACAGAAACAGCAGGCCUAUCAGAUGGAGUGACAGGGACAAGUGGACUAUCAGCUGGAGUGACAGGGACAAGUGGACUGUCAGCUGGAGUGACAGAGACAGGUGGAAUGUCAGCUGGAGUGACAGGGACAAGUGGACUGUCAGCUGGAGUGACAGGAACAAGUGGACUGUCAGCUGGAGUGACAGGGACAAGUGGACUAGGAGUGACAGGAACAACUGGGCUAUCAGCUGGUGUGACAGCAACAGUUGGAUCACCAGCUGAAGCAACAGGGACAACUGGACUAUCAGUUGGAGUAACAGGAACAAGUAGACUCUCAGCUGGAGUGACAGGGACAACUGGGCUAUCAGUUGUGGUGUCAGGGAAGAGUGGAUUAUCACCUGGAGUGACAGGGACAACUGGGCUGUCAGCUGGGGGGACAGGGACAAUUGGAUCACCAGCUGAAGCAACAGGGACAAUUAGACUGUCAGCUGGAGUGACACGUACAAGUGGAAUCUCACCUGGAGUGACAGGGACUACUGAGCUCUCAGUUGGGGUGUCAGGGACAAGUGGAUUAUCAGCUGGAGUGACAGGGACAACUGGGCUAUCAGCUGGGGUGACAGGGACAAUGGAAUCACUAGCUCAAGCAACAGGGACAACUGGACUAUCAGCUGGGCUGACAGGGACAAUUGGAUCACCAGCUGAAGCAACAGGGACAAGUGGACUAUCAGCUGGAGUGGCAGAGACAAGUGGACUACCAUCUGGGGUGACAAGGACAAUUGGAUCAUUAGCUGGGGUGACAGGGACAGCUGGCCUAUCAGCUGCAGUGACACGGACAAGUGGACUAUCAGCUGGAGUGAGAGGGACAAGUGGACUAUCAGCUGGAGUGAGAGGGACAAGUGGACUGUCAGGUGGAGUGACAGAGACAAGUGGGCUGUCAGCUGGAGUGACAGGGAAGAGUGGACUGUCAGCUGGAGUGACAGGGACAAAUGUACUGUCAGCUGAAGUGACACGGAAAACUGGACUACCCGCUGGUGUGACAGGGACAAUUGGAUCAACAGCUGAAGCAACAGGAACAAAUGGACUGUCAGCUGGAGUGACAGGGACAAGUGGACUAGGAGUGACAGGAACAACUGGGCUAUCAGCUGGGGUGACAGCAACAGUUGGAUCACCAGCUGAAGCAACAGGGACAAGUGGACUAUCAGUUGGAGUAACAGGGACAAGUGGAAUCUCAGCUGGAGUGACAGGGACAACUGGGCUAUCAGCUGGGGUGACAGGGACAACAGAAUCACUAGCUGAAGCAACAGGGACAACUGGACUAUCAGCUGGGCUGACAGGGACAAUUGGAUCACCAGCUGAAGCAACAGGGACAAGUGGACUACCAUCUGGGGUGACAAGGACAAUUGGAUCAUUAGCUGCGGUGACAGGGACAGCUGGCCUAUCAGCUGCAGUGACAGGGACAAGUGGACUGUCAGCUGGAGUGAGAGGGACAAGUGGACUAUCAGCUGGAGUGACAGAGACAAGUGGGCUGUCAGCUGGAGUGACAGGGAAAACUGGACUACCCACUGGUGUGACAGGGACAACUGGAUCAACAGGUGAAGCAACAGGGACAACUGGACUGUCAGCUGGAGUGACAGAGACAAGUGGUCUAGGAGUGACAGGAACAAUUGGGCUAUCAGCUGGGGUGACAGGGACAGUUGGAUCACCAGCUGAAGCAACAGGGACAACUGGACUAUCAGUUGGAGUAACAGGGAAAGGUGGACUCUCAGCUGGAGUGACAGGGACAACUAGGCUAUCAGCUGGGGUGUCACGAACAAGUGGAUUAUCAACUGGAGUGACAGGUACAACUGGGCUGUCAGCUGGGGGGACAGGGACAAUUGAAUCACCAGCUGAGGCAACAGGGACAAGUGGACUAUCAACUGGAGUGACAGAGAUAAGUGGACUACCAUCUGGGGUGACAAGGACAAUUGGAUCAUUAGCUGGGGUGACAGGGACAGCUGGCCUAUCAGCUGCAGUGACAGGGACAAGUGGACUAUCAGCUGGAGUGACAGGGACAAGUGGACUGUCAGCUGGAGUGAAAGGGACAAGUGGACUGUCAGCUGGAUUGACAGAGACAAGUAGGCUGUCAACUGGAGUGACAGGGACAAGUGUACUGUCACCUGGAGUGACAGGGAAAACUGGACUACCCACUGGUGUGACAGGGACAAUUGGAUCAAUAGCUGAAGCAACAGGAACAAAUGGACUGUCAGCUGGAGUGACAGGGACAAGUGGACUAGGAGUGACAGGAACAACUGGGCUAUCAGCUGGGGUGACAGGGACAGUUGGAUCACCAACUGAAGCAACAGGGACAACUGGACUAUCAGUUGGAGUAACAAGGACAAGUGGACUCUCAGCUGGAGUGACAGGGACAACAGAGUCACUAGCUGAAGCAACAGGGACAACUGGAGUAUCAGCUGGGCUGACAGGGACAAUUGGAUCACCAGCUGAAGCAACAGGGACAAGUGGACUACCAUCUGGGGAGACAAGGACAAUUGGAUCAUUAGCUGGGGUGACAGGGACAGCUGGCCUAUCAGCUGCAGUGACAGGGACAAGUGGACUAUCAGCUGGAGUGACAGGGACAAGUGGACUUUCAGCUGGAGUGAGAGGGACAAGUGGACUGUCAGGUGGAGUGACAGAGACAAGUGGGCUGUCAGCUGGAGUGACAGGGACUAGUGGACUAUCAGGUGGAGUGACAGGGACAAGUGGACUGUCAGCUGGAGUGACAGGGAAAACUGGACUACCCACUGGUGUGACAGGGACAAUUGGAUCAACAGCUGAAGCAACAGGGACAACUGGAGUGUCAGCUGGAGUGACAGGGACAAGUGGACUAGGAGUGACAGGAACAACUGGGCUAUCAGCUGGAGUGACAGGGACAAGUGUACUGUCACCUGCAGUGACAGGGAAAACUGGACUACCCACUGGUGUGACAGGGACAAUUGGAUCAACAGCUGAAGCAACAGGGACAACUGGACUGUCAGCUGGAGUGACAGGGACAAGUGUACUGUCACCUGCAGUGACAGGGAAAACUGGACUACCCACUGGUGUGACAGGGACAAUUGGAUCAAUAGCUAAAGCAACAGGGACAACUGGACUGUCAGCUGGAGUAACAGGGACAAGUGGACUAGGAGUGACAGGAACAACUGGGCUAUCAGCUGGGGUGACAGGGACAGUUGGAUCACCAGCUGAAGCAACAGGGACAAGUGGACUAUCAGUUGGAGUAACAGGGACAAGUGGACUCUUAGCUGGAGUGACAGGGACAACUGGGCUAUCAGCUGGGGUGUCACAGACAAGUGGAUUAUCAACUGGAGUGACAGGGACAACUGGGCUGUCAGCUGGGUGGACAGGGACCAUUGGAUCACCAGGUGAAGCAACAGGGACAAGUGGACUAUCAGCUGGAGUGACAGAGACAAGUGGACUACUAUCUGGGGUGACAAGGACAGCUCGCCUAUCAGCUGCAGUGACAGGGACAAGUGGACUAUCAGAUGGAGUGACAGGGACAAGUGAACUGUCAGCUGGAGUGAGAGGGACAAGUGGACUGUCAGCUGGAGUGACAGGGACAAGUAUACUGUCAGCUGGAGUGACAGGGACAAAUGUACUAUCAGCUGAAGUGACACAGACAACUGGACUACCCGCUGGUGUGACAGUGACAAUUGGAUCAACAGCUGAAGCAACAGGAACAAAUGGACUGUCAGCUGGAGUGACAGGGACAAGUGGACUAGGAGUGACAGCAACAACUGGGCUAUCAGCUGGGGUGACAGGGACAACUGGACUAUCAGUUGGAGCAACAGGGACAAGUGGACUAUCAGUUGGAGUAACACGGACAGGUGGACUCUCAGCUGGAGUGACAGGGACAACUAGGCUAUCAGCUGGGGUGUCACGAACUAGUGGAUUAUCAACUGGAGUGACAGGUACAACUGGGCUGUCAGCUGGGAGGACAGGGAUAAUUGGAUCACCAGCUGAGGCAACCAGGACAACUGGACUAUCAGCUGGAGUGACACGGACAAGUGGAAUCUCAGCUGGAGUGACAGGGACAACUGGGCUAUCAGCUGGGGUGACAGGGACAACGAAAUCACUAGCUGAAGCACCAGGGACAACUGGACUAUCAGCUGGGCUGACAGGGACAAUUGGAUCACCAGCUGAAGCAACAGGGACAAGUGGACUAUCAGCUGGAGUGACAGAGACAAGUGGAUUACCAUCUGGGCUGACAAGGACAAUAGGAUCAUUAGCUGGGGUGACAGGGACUGUUGGCCCAUCAGCUGCAGUGACAGGGACAAGCAGACUAUCAGCUGGAGUGACAGGGACAAGUGGACUGUCAGCUGGAGUGACAGGGACAAAUGGACUAUCAGCUGGAGUGACAGGGACAAGUGUACUGUCACCUGGAGUGACAGGGAAAACCGGACUACCCACUGGUGGGACAGGGACAAUUGGAUCAACAGGUGAAGCAACAGGGACAACUGGACUGUCAGCUGGAGUGACAGGGACAAGUGGACUAGGAGUGACAGGAACAACUGGGCUAUCAGCUGGGGUGACAGGGACAACUGGACUAUCAGUUGGAGCAACAGGGACAAGUGGACUAUCAGUUGGAGUAACAGGGACAAGUGGACUCUCAGCUGGAGUGACAGGGACAAAUAGGCUAUCAGCUGGGGUGUCACGAACAAGUGGAUUAUCAACUGGAGUGACAGGUACAACGGGGCUGUCAGCUGGGAGGACAGGGAUAAUUGGAUCACCAGCUGAGGCAACCAGGACAACUGGACUAUCAGCUGGAGUGACACGGACAAGUGGAAUCUCAGCUGGAGUGACAGGGACAACUGGGCUAUCAGCUGGGGUGACAGGGACAACGAAAUCACUAGCUGAAGCAACAGGGACAACUGGACUAUCAGCUGGGCUGACAGGGACAAUUGGAUCACCAGCUGAAGCAACAGGGACAAGUGGACUAUCAGCUGGAGUGACAGAGACAAGUGGACUACCAUCUGGGCUGACAAGGACAAUAGGAUCAUUAGCUGGGGUGACAGGGACUGUUGGCCCAUCAGCUUCAGUGACAGGGACAAGCAGACUAUCAGCUGGAGUGACAGGGACAAGUGGACUGUCAGCUGGAGUGACAGAGAAAAGUGGGCUGUCAUCUGGAGUGACAGGGACAAGUGGACUAUCAGCUGGAGUGAGAGGGACAAGUGGACUGUCAGCUGGAGUGACAGGGAGAACUGGACUACCCACUGGUGGGACAGGGACAAUUGGAUCAACAGGUGAAGCAACAGGGACAACUGGACUGUCAGCUGGAGUGACAGGGACAAGUGGACUAGGAGUGACAGGAACAACUGGGCUAUCAGCUGGGGUGACAGGGACAGUUGGAUCACCAGCUGAAGCAACAGGGACAACUGGACUAUCAGUUACAGUAACACGGACAGGUGGACUCUCAGCUGGAGUGACAGGGACAACUAGGCUAUCAGUUGGGGUGUCACGAACAAGUGGAUUAUCAACUGGAGUGACAGGUACAACUGGGCUGUCAGCUGGGAGGACAGGGGCAAUUGGAUCACCAGCUGAAGCAACCAGGACAACUGGACUAUCAGCUGGAGUGACACGGACAAGUGGAAUCUCAGCUGGAGUGACAGGGACAACUGGGCUAUCAGCUAGGUUGACAGGGACAACGAAAUCACUAGCUGAAGCAACAGGGACAACUGGACUAUCAGCUGGGCUGACAGGGACAAUUGGAUCACCAGCUGAAACAACAGGGACAAGUGGACUAUCAGCUGGAGUGACACGGACAAGUGGAAUCUCAGCUGGAGUGACAGGGACAACUGGGCUAUCAGCUAGGUUGACAGGGACAACGAAAUCACUAGCUGAAGCAACAGGGACAACUGGACUAUCAGCUGGGCUGACAGGGACAAUUGGAUCACCAGCUGAAACAACAGGGACAAGUGGACUAUCAGCUGGAGUGACAGAGACAAGUGGACUACCAUCUGGGGUGACAAUGACAAUUGGAUCAUUAGCUGAGGUGACAGGGACAGCUGGCCUAUCAGCUGCAGUGACAGGGACAAGUGGACGAUCAGCUGGAGUGACAGGGACAAGUGGACUGUCAGCUGGAGUGAGAGGGACAAGUGGACUGUCAGCUGGAGUGACAGAGAAAAGUGGGCUGUCAGCUGGAGUGACAGGGACAAGUGGACUAUCAGCUGGAGUGACAGGGACAAGUGUACUGUCACCUGGAGUGACAGGGAAAACUGGACUACCCACUGGUGGGACAGGGACAAUUGGAUCAACAGGUGAAGCAACAGGGACAACUGGACUGUCAGCUGGAGUGACAGGGACAAGUGGACUAGGAGUGACAGGAACAACUGGGCUAUCAGCUGGGGUGACAGGGACAGUUGGAUCACCAGCUGAAGCAACAGGGACAACUGGACUAUCAGUUGGAGUAACAGGGACAAGUGGACUCUCAGCUGGAGUGACAGGGACAACUGGGCCAUCAGCUGAGGUGACAGGGACAACAGAAUCACUAGCUGAAGCAACAGGGACAACUGGACUAUCAGCUGGGCUGACAGGGACAAUUGGAUCACCAGCUGAAGCAAUAGGGACAAGUGGACUAUCGGCUGGAGUGACAGAGACAAGUGGACUACCAUCUGGGGUGACAAGGACAAUUGGAUCAUUAGCUGGGGUGACAGGGACAGCUGGCCUAUCAGCUGCAGUGACAGGGACAAGUGGACUUUCAGCUGGAGUUAGAGGGACAAGUGGACUGUCAGCUGGAGUGACAGAGACAAGUGGGCUGUCAGCUGGAGUGACAGGGACAAAUGUACUAUCAACUGGAGUGACACAGACAACUGGACUACCUGCUGUUGUGACAGUGACAAUUGGAUCAACAGCUGAAGCAACAGGAACAAAUGGACUGUCAGCUGGAGUGACAGGGACAAGUGGACUAGGAGUGACAGGAACAACUGGGCUAUCAGCUGGGGUGACAGGGACAACUGGACUUUCAGUUGGAGUAACAGGGACAAGUGGACUCUCAGCUGGAGUGACAGGGACAACUAGGCUAUCAGCUGCGGUGUCAAAAGCAAGUGGAUUAUCAACUGGAGUGACAGGUACAACUGGGCUGUCAGCUGGGAGGACAGGGAAAAUUGGAUCACCAGCUGAAGCAACCAGGACAACUGGACUAUCAGCUGGAGUGACACAGACAAGUGGAAUCUCAGCUGGAGUGACAGGGACAACUGGGCUAUCAGCUGGGGUGACAGGGACAACGAAAUCACUAGCUGAACCAACAGAGACAACUGGACUAUCAGCUGGGCUGACAGGGACAAUUGGAUCACCAGCUGAAGCAACAGGGACAAGUGGACUAUCAGCUGGAGUGACAGAGACAAGUGGACUACCAUCUGGGCUGACAAGGACAAUUGGAUCAUUAGCUGGGGUGACAGGGACAGCUGGCCUAUCAGCUGGAGUGAGAGGGACAAGUGGACUGUUAGCUGGAGUGACAGGGACAAGUAUACUGACAGCUGGAGUGACAGGGAAAGCUGGACUACCCACUAGUGUGACAGGGACAAUUGGAUCAACAGCUGAAGCAACAGGUACAACUGGACUGUCAGCUGGAGUGACAGGGACAAGUGGACUAGGAGUGACAGGAACAACUGGGCUAUCAGCUGGGGUGACAGGGACAGUUGGAUCACCAGCUGAAGCAACAGGGACAACUGGACUAUCAGUUGGAGUAACAGGAACAGGUGGACUCUCAGCUGGAGUGACAGGGACAACUAGGCUAUCAGCUGGGGUGUCACGAACAAGUGGAUUAUCAACUGGAGUGACAGGUACAACUGGGCUGUCAGCUGGGAAGACAGGGACAAUUGGAUCACCAGCUGAAGCAACCAGGACAACUGGACUAUCAGCUGGAGUGACACGGACAAGUGGAAUCUCAGCUGGAGUGACAGGGACAACUGGGCUAUCAGCUGGGGUGACAGGGACAACGGAAUCACUAGCUGAAGCAACAGGGACAACUGGACUAUCAGCUGGGCUGACAGGGACAAUUGGAUCACCAGCUGAAGCAACAGGGACAAGGGGACUAUCAAUUGGAGUGACAGGGACAAGUGGAAUCUCAGCUGGAGUGACAGGAACAACUGGGCUAUCAGCCGGAGUGACAGGGACAGUUAGAUCACCAGCUGAAGCAACAGGGACAACUGGACUAUCAAUUGGAGUGACAGGGACAACUGGGCUAUCAGCUGGGGUGUCACUGACAAGUGGAUUAUCAACUGGAGUGACAGGGACAACUGGGCUGUCAGCUGGGCUGACAGGGACAAUUGGAUCACCAGCUGAAGCAACAAGGACAAGUGGACUAUCUGCUGGAGUGACAGAGACAAGUGGACUACCGUCUGGGGUGACAAGGACAAUUGGAUCAUUACCUGGGGUGACAGGGACAGCUGGCCUAUCAGCUGCAGUGACAGGGACAAGUGGACUAUCAGCUGGAGUGACAGGGAAAAGUGGACUCUCAGCUGGAGUGAAAGGGACAAGUGGACUGUCAGCUGGAGUGACAGAGACAAGUGGGCUGUCAACUGGAGUGACAGGGACAAGUGGACUGUCCGAUGGAGUGACAGGGAUGAAUGUACUGUCAGCUGGAGUGACACGGACAACUGGACUACCCUCUGGUGUGACAGGGACAAUUGGAUCAACAGCUCAAGCAACAGGAACAAAUGGACUGUCAGCUGGAGUGACAGGUACAAGUGGACUGGGAGUGACAGGAAAAAUUGGGCUAUCAGCUGGAGUGACAGGGACAGUUGGAUCACCAGCUGAAGCAACAGGGACAACUGGACUAUCAGUUGGAGUAACAGGGACAAGUGGACUCUCAGCUGGAGUGAUAAGGACAACUGGGCUAUCAGCUGGGGUGUCACGGACAAGUGGAUUAUCAACUGGAGUGACAGGUACAACUGGGCUGUCAGCUGGGAGGACAGGGACAAUUGGAUCACCAGCUGAAGCAACAGGGACAAUUAGACUAUCAGCUGGAGUGACACCGACAAGUGGAAUUUCAGCUGGAGUGACAGGGACAACUGGGCUAUCAGCUGGGGUGACAGGGACAACAGAAUCACUAGCUGAAGCAAUGGGGACAACUGGACUAUCAGCUGGGCUGACAGGGACAAUUCGAUCACCAGCUGAAGCAACAGGGACAAGUGGACUAUCAGCUGGAGUGACAGAGACAAGUGGACUACCAUCUGGGGUGACAAGGACAAUUGGAUCAUUAGCUGGGGUGAUAGGGACAGCUGGCCUAACAGCUGCAGUGACAGGGACAAGUGGACUAUCAGCUGGAGUGACAGGGACAAGUGGACUGUCAGCUGGAGUGAGAGGGACAAGUGGAUUGUCAGCUGGAGUGACGGAGACAAGUGGGCUGUCAGCUGGAGUGACAGGGACUAGUGGACUAUCAGGUGGAGUGACAGGGACAAGUAUACUGUCAGCUGGAGUGACAGGGAAAACUGGACUACCCACUGGUGUGACAGGGACAAUUGGAUCAACAGGUGAAGCAACAGGGACAACUGGAGUGUCAGCUGGAGUGACAGGGACAAGUGGACUAGGAGUGACAGGAACAACUGGGCUAUCAGCUGGGGUGACAGGGACAGUUGGAUCACCAGCUGAAGCAACAGGGACAAGUGGACUAUCAGUUGGAGUAACAGGGACAAGUGGACUGUCAGCUGGAGUGGCAGGGACAAGUGGACUGUCAGCUGGGGUGAAAGGGACAAGCGGACUAUCAGCUGGAGUGACAGGGACAAGUGGACUGUCAGCUGGGGUGAUAGGGACAAGUGGACUGUCAGCUGAAGUGACGAGGACAAUUGGAUUGCCAGCUGAAGUGACAGGGACAACUGGACUGACAGGGACAAGUGGACUAUCAGCUGGAGUGACAGGGACAAUUGGAUCAUUAGCUGGGGUGACAGGAACAGCUGGCCUAUUAGCUGGAAUGACAGGGACAAGAGGACUAUUAGCUGGAGUGACAGGGACAAGUGGACUGUCAGCUGGGGUGACAGGGACAAGCAGACUCUCAGCUGGAGUGACAGGGACAAGUGGACUAUCAGGUGGAGUGACAGGGACAAGUGGACUAUCAGCUGGAGUGACAGAGACAACUGGACUAUCAGCUGGAGUGACAGGGACAAUUGGAUCACCAGCUUGGGUGACAGGGACAAGUAGACCAUCAGCUGGGGGGACAGGGAUAACUGGACCCUCAGCUGGAGUGACAGGGAAAACUGGACUAUCAGCUGGAGUGACAGGGACAACUGGAUUAUCAGCUUGGGUAACAGGCACAACUGGAUCAUCAGGUGAAGUUACAGGGACAACUGGACUGUCAGUUGAAACAACAGGGACAACUGGACUAUCACCUGGAGUGACAGGGACAACUGGACUAUCAGCAGGAGUAACAGGGACAACUGGGUCAUCAGCAAGAUCAGAGACAAGUGUACCAUCAGCUGGAAAAACAGGAACAACCAGAACUUCAAUUGAAGAAUCACAGACAACUGGACCAUCAGCUGAUAUAACAGGUACAAAUGGACUGUCAGUUGAAGUGACAGAAACAACUGGAUCAUCAGCUGGGGUGAUGGGGACAAAUGGAUUAUCAGCAGGGGUGACAAGGACUACUGGAUCAUCAGCUGGGGUGACAGGGACAAUUGGAUCAUCAGUUGGAAUGACAUCGACAUCUGGGCUACCAGCUGGGGUGACAGGGACAAAUGAACUAUCAGCUGGGGUGACAGGGACAACUGGAUCACCAGCCAGGGUGACAGGGACACCUGAACUGUCAGCUGCAGUGACAGGGACAAGUGGACCAUCAGCUGGGGUGACAGGUGCAAUUGAAUCAGUUGGGGUGACAGGGACAAUUGGAUCACCAGCUGGGGUGACAGGGACACCUGGACUGUCAGCUGCAGUGACAGGGAUAAGUGAACUAUCAGCUGGGGUGACAGGUACAAUUGAAUCAGCUGGGGUGACAGGGACAACUGGAUUAUCAGCUAGAGUGACAGGGACACCUGGACUGUCAGCUGAAGUGACAGGGAAAAUUAGACUCUCAGUUGGAGUGACAAGGACUACUGGAUCAUCAACUGAAGUGACAGGGACAAUUGGACUAUCAGCUGGGGUGACAAGUACCACUGGACCACCAGCUGAAGUGACAGGGACAACUGGGCUAUCAGCUGGGGUAAUAGGAACAAUUGGAUCAUCAUCUGGGGUGACAGGGACAACUGGAUCAUCUGCAAUAUCUGGGACAGGCUUAUCAGCUGAAAAAAAAGGAACAACCAGAACAUCAGUUGAAGAAUCAAGAACAACUAGACCAUCAGGUGGAAUAACAGGUACAAAUGGACUAUCAACUGGACUGACAGGGACAACUGGACCAUCAGCUGGCACAACCACUGGAACAGGAACUACUGGAAAGCCAAGAACUAAAAUUACAGCCCAUGAAGGAAAAACUGAAGAACCAUAUGGAACCACCCCAGGAGCAGGUGAAAGCAGGACCAGAUUAACUACACCUGGAAAAUCAGGCACCAUUGGAGUAACCACUGGCACAACUCUUACCCCUAGAAGUUCCAACAUAGAGACCACAAAUGCUACAGGGACUCCUGGAGCAGGACUGUCAGGAGGCACCACUGUCAUUUCUUCUGAAGUCAGUGCCAGUUCAGAAGUUUCCAACACAGGUAUCACUGGAGUAGGUUCUGAGACAUCUGUUGAAACAGGAAUUUCCAACACAGCCACGACCGAGGUGGCUCCCAGCACAACCCUUGCCCCUGGCAGUUCCAGUACAGAGGCCACAACUUCCAUAGGAGGAAGUGUGUUAACAAGAGGAAUAGUGACAGCUACCACUGGGGCAUUCUCUGGAAAGACUCUGGAACCUUGGAUUGACAAUACAGGCAAGUCCAAGAGCACACAGGAAUGCUACCCCAUGGCUGCUCAGACUUCAUCUUUGCUUUCUUUUCUCUCAGAGGCCACAAGUUCCACAGGAGGGGUCCAGGCCACCAAAUCAGAAGCUCCAGGAGGUACUUCUGGGAAAUUAUCUUGGACAACCAUUUCAUCUGGAGGUUCCCACACAGAAGCCACAACUCUCACAGGAGGCAGGGGCAGUACUGAAAGUGAAUUCAGAACAGUCACCACUGGGGUAGCUCCUGGCACAACUGUUGCCCCUGGCAGUUCCAAGACAGAGGCCACCACUUUCCUAGGAGUAAGUGAAACAAGUGUUGGAAGAGCCACAGGGGCCACAACUUCCAUAGUAGGGAGUGUCACCAGCCAAGCAGAACAUUCAGGAGGUACUUCUGGUGAAUUCCCAGGAACAACCAGUACAUAUGGAGAAUCCCACACAGAGGCUACAACUACAGGAGUCAGGGGCAGUACUGGAACUGAAUCCAGAGCAGAGACCACAGCAUACAUCGGAGGAAGUAGGACCACAAGAGUUGGAUUAGCCACAGUACUUCCCAAACUGCAGACUUCAUCCUUGCUUUCUUUUCACUCAGAGGCCACAAGUUCCACAGGAGGGGUCAGCAACACUGGAUCAGAAGCUCCAAGAGGUACUUCUGGUGAAUUCCCAGGGACAACACUUACAUCUGAAGGUUCCCAUACAGAGGCCACAACUCUCACAGGAGGUAGGAGCAGUACUGGAACUGAAUCCAGAGCAGGUGAAGCCACCACGAGGGCAGCUCCUGGCAUAACUCUUGCCCCUGGCAGUUCCAACACAGGGGCCACAGCUUCUCUAGGUGAAAGUGCAACGACAAGAGGUGGAAUAACCAGCGCUACCACUGGAGCAUUCUCUGGAAAGACUCUUGAACCUGACAGUUACAACACAGAGGCCACAAGUUCUACAAGAGGAGUCAGCACUAGUGGGUCAGAAGCUCCAGCAGAGGCCACAACUCUCACAGGAGACAGAAGCAGUAUUGGAAGUGAAUCCAGAACAGCCACCACUGGGGUAGCUCCUGGCACAACCAUUGCCCCUGGCAGUUCCAAGACAGAGGCUACCACGUUCCCAGGAGUAAGUGAAACAACAAGUGUUGGAAGAGCCUCAGGGGCCACAACUUCCAUAGUAGGAAGUGACACCAGCCAAGCAGAACGUCCAGGAGGCACCUCUGUUACACCAGAGAGCUCAGCAUCUGAAAGUGAAACAGUUUUAGUUACUGAAUUCUCUGGGACAACUGCUAUAUCUAGAACUUCCCACACAGAGGCCACAACUUUAACAGAAGGCCGCAGCGUUCCUCCGUCUGGAUCCAGCCCAGGUACCACUCCAGCAUCAGGAGGCCAAGCAACUGGGAGCCUGACAGCCACCACUGGGGUAGCUCCUCAUACAACUGUACCACCUGGCAGUUCCCACACAGAGGCCACAACUUCUGUAGGAGAAAGAGAAACAACAAAAGUUGAAAUAAUCAAAGGUUUUACUGAGGGCAUCUCUGGGAAAACUCUGGAAGCUGGGAGUGCCCACACAGAGGCCACAGCUUUUCCAAGAGGCAGCGGGACCACCCUAGCAGGACCACCUGGAGGUACCACUGGAGGAUUAUCUGGAACAACCAUUAUAUCUGAAAGUUCCACCACAGCAGGCAUCACUGCAGCAUCAGCGAAGCAAGCAGGCACCUCGGCGGUAACUCCUGCCGCAACAAUUGCCCCUGGCAGUUUCAGCACAGCAGCCACAGCGUCUCCUGGAGCAAGUGUAAUGACUGGGGUUACAACAACUACAAAGACCACAACUUCCCUAGGAGGAAGUGGCACCAUUGGAGCAGAAAUAAAAUCAGCCACCACUGGAGGACCAGGAAGUAGGACAGGCACAGCUGGAGUACCCUCUGGUACAACAGUUGCCCCUGGGAGCUCCAACUCAGAGGUCACAGAUUCUGUAGGAAAAAAUGGAAUAACAAAAGCUGAAAUAAUCACAGGUACUACUCAGGGCAUCUCUGGCAGAACUCUGGAAGCUAAAAGUGCCCACACAGAGGCCACAACUUUCCCAGGAGGCAGUGGGAUCACCCGAGCAGGACCACCUGAAGUUACCACUGGAAAAUUGUCUGGAAUGACCAUUAUAUCUGGAAGUGCUAACACAGAGGCCACCACUUCCACAGAAGGGACUGGCACUUCUGGAACUGGAUUCAAAAUAGCAGGCAUCACUUCAGCACCAGGGAAGCAAGCAGGCACCUCAGAGGUAGCUCCUGCCACAACAGUUGCCCCUGGCAGUUUCAGCACAGCAGCCACAGCUUCUCCUGGAGCAAGUGGAAUGACUGGGGUUACAACAACUACAAAGACCACAACUUCACUUGGAGGAAGUGGCACCACUGAAGCAGAAAUAAUAUCAGCCACCACUGGAGCACCAGGAAGUAGGACAGAUACAGCUGGAGUACCUGCUGGUACAACAGUUGCCCCCGGGAGCUCCAACUCAGAGGCCACAACUUCUGUGAGAGAAAGUGGAAUAACAAGAGCUGAAAUAAUCACAGGUACUACUCAGGGCAUCUCUGGCGGAACUCUGGAAGCUAAAAGUGCCCACACAGAGGCCACAACUUUCCCAGGAGGCAGUGGGACCACCCGAGCAGGACCACCUGAAGGCACCUCUGAGGUAGCUCCUGCCACAACAGUUGCCCCUGGAAGUUUCAGCACAGCAGCCACAGCUUCUCCUGGAGCAAGUGGAAUAACUGGGGUUACAACAACUACAAAGACCACAGCUUCCCUGGGAGGAAGUGGCACCACUGCAGCAGAAAUAAAAUCAGGAACCACCACUACAGCACCAGAAAGUAGGACAGGCACAGCUGGAGUGCCCUCUGCUACAACAGUUGCCCCUGGGAGCUCCAACUCAGAGGCCACAACUUCUUUGAGAGAAAGUAGAAUAACAGGAGCUGAAAUAAUCACAGAGGCCACAACUUUCUCUGGAGGCAGCGGGACAACUCGAGCAGGACUACCUGGAGAGGCCACCACUUCCACAGGAGGGACAGGUUCUUCUGGAACUGGAUUCAAAACUGCAGGCAUCACUUCAGCCCCAGGGAAACAAGCAGGCACCUCUGGGGAGUCUCUUGCCACAACAGUUGCUCCUGGAAGUUUCCACACAAUAGCCACAACAUCUUCUGGAGCAAGUGGAAUGACAGGGGCUGGACCCACCUCAGAGACCACAACUUCCCUAGGAGAAAGUGGUACUACUGGAGCAGAAAUAAAAUCAGGUGCAUCUGGAGUGCCCUCUGCUACAACAGUUGCCCCUGGCAGCUCCAACUCAGAAGCCACAACUUCUGUAGGAGAAAAUGGAAAAACAAGAGCUCAGAUAAUCACAGGUACUACUGAGGGCAUCUCUGGCAAAGUCCUGGAACCUGGAAGUGCCUACACAGAGGCCACAACUUUCCCAGGAGGCAGCGGGAACACCCGAGCAGGACCACCUGGAGGUACCACUGGAGAAUUGACUGGAAUGACCAUUGUAUCUGGAAGUUCUAACACAGAGGCCACGACUGCCACAGAAGGGACUGGUACUUCUGGAGCUGGAUUCAAAACUGGCACCUCUGGGGUGGCACCUGGCACAACAGUUGCUCCUGGAAGUUUCAGCACAGUAGCCACAGCUUCUCCUGGAGCAAGCAGAACGACUGGGGCUGGACCCGCUGCAGAGACUACAACUUCCUUAGGAGGAGGUGCCACCACUGGAGCAGAAAUAAAAUCAGGAGUCACUUCCAGAGCACCAGGAAGUAAGACAGGCACAGUUGGAGUGCCCUCUGCUACAACAGUUGCCCCUGGGAUCUCCAACUCAGAGGCCACGACUUCUUUAGGAGCAAGUGGAAAAACAAGAGCUGAAAUAAUCACAGGUACUACUGAGGGCAAAACUCUGUCAGCUGGAAGUGCCCACACAGAAGCCACAACUUUCUUAGGAGGCAGCAGGACCACCGGAGCUGGACCACCAGAAGAGCGCACAGUUUCCACUGAAGAGACUGGUACUUCCAGAACUAGUUUCGAAACUGUAGGCAUCACUUCAACCCCAGGGAGGCAAGCAGGCACCCCUGGGGUGGCACCUGGCACAACAGUUGCUCCUGGACCUUUCAGCACAGCAGCAACAAUUUCUCCUGGAGCAAGUGGAAUGGCUGGGCUUAGCACCACUUUAAAGACCACAACUUCCCUAGGUGGAAUUGGUACCACUAGAACUGAAAUAAAAUCAGGAGCCACCACUGGAGCACCGGGAAGUAAGACAGGCACAGCUGGAGUGCCCUCUGCUACAACAAUCACCCCUGGGAGCUCCAACUCAGAGACCGCAACCUCUGUAGAAGAAAGUGGAAUAACAAGUGCUGAAAUAGUCACAGGUAUUUCUGAGGGCAUCUCUGGAAAAACUCUGGAAGCUGGAGGUGCCCACACAGGAGCCACAACUUUCUCAGGAGGCAGCGGGACCACCCGAGCAGGUCCACCAGGAGGUAUCACUGGAGAAUCUUCUAGAACGACCAUUAUAUCUGGAAGUUCUAACACAGAGGCUACACAUUCCAUUGAAGAGAUUGGUACUUCUGGAACUGGAUUCAGAACUGCAGGCAUCACUACAGCUCCAGGAAAGCAAGCAGGCACCUCUGGGGUGGCACCUGGCACAAUAGUUGUCUCUGGAAGUUUCAGCACAGCACUUACAACUUCUCCUGGAGCAAGUGGAGUGACUGGCACUGGACCCACUGCAGAGACCACAGCUUUCCUAGGAGGAAGUAGCACCACCAGAGCAGAAAUAAAAUUAGGAGCCACCACUGGAGCACCAGGAAGUAAGACAGGCACAGCUAGAGUGCCCUCUGCUACAACAGUUGCCCCUGGGAGCUCUGACUCAGAGGCUACAACUUUCUCUGGAUUCACUGAAGCAGUAACAGUCCCAGGAUCCAUGACCACUGCGCCGGGGAGCCAACUGUCCAGCAGUCAAACAGUGAUUCCAGGUGCCAGCGGCAUCAUCUCUCACACAACUGUUGAACCUGGAAGUUCUGUUAUAGGCACUACUGGUGUGGCCUUAAGCACAACUGUUGCACCUGGAAGUUCCAGUACAGAAGCCACAACUUCCACGGGAGUCGGUAGAACCACUGUAGUGGGAUGGAAAACAGGAGCUACCACUAGAGGAUCAGCAAACCAAGGAACUGGAAGCACAAUAGGGAUAUCAGGUGGCCAAGUCACUAGCACUCAACUAGAAGCUACCAGUGGCACAUCUGAGAGACAAAACCCUGGAAGUGAAACAGGCACCACUGGUAUAGUCUCUGGCACAACAGUUGCAUCUGGAAGUUCCAAUACAGAGGCCACAACUUCUUUGGGCAAUGGUGGAACCACUGAGGCUGGAAGUAAAAUAGUUACCACUGGGAUAACUACUGGUACAACCAUUGUACCUGGGAGUUCCAACACAAAGGCUACGGCUUCUACAGAUGUUACAACUGGAGUUGGAAUAGCAACUGUUUCUUCCAAGGGAGCAUCUGACACAACCACUGCUCCUGGACCUCCUACCACAGCAGUCACAGCUUCCACAGCAGUAAAAGAAACCUCUGGAACUGGAGUGCAAACAGGCUCUACCUUGGUUGCAGCUGGAGUCACAACAAGACCACAAGUAUCCCAGCCAGAAACCACUGUUGUAACAACCAAAGAACAAGAAACUGAAAAUAAAACAGAAUGUCUAAUAUCACUUCCACCAGCUCCAGUUUGUCAUGGUCCACUGGGAGAAGAGAAAUCUCCUGGAGACACAUGGACUGCCAAUUGCCACAGGUGUACCUGUACUGAUGCAAAGACUAUAGACUGUAAACCUGAGGAGUGUCCUUCUCCACCCACAUGCAAAACCGGCGAGAAGCUUGUGAAGUUCAAAUCUAAUGACACCUGCUGUGAAAUUGGACACUGUGAACCAAGAACAUGUUUAUUUAACAAUACUGAUUAUGAGAUUGGUGCUUCAUUUGAUGACCCCCGCAACCCCUGUGUUUCCUACUCCUGCCGAGACACUGGCUUUGCUGCAGUAGUCCAGGACUGCCCAAGGCAGACCUGGUGUGCAGAAGAAGACAGAAUCUAUGAUUCAAAAAAAUGUUGCUAUACAUGUAAGAAUAAUUGCAGAUCUUCCCCUGUAAAUGUGACUGUUAUCUACAGUGGUUGCAAGAAAAGAGUUCAGAUGGCAAAAUGCACAGGGGAAUGUGAAAAGACUGUCAAGUAUAAUUAUGAUAUCUUACUCUUGGAACAUUCGUGCCUUUGCUGCCGAGAAGAAAACUAUGAACUCCGAGACAUUGUUCUUGACUGUCCUGAUGGCAGUACAAUCCCUUACCAAUACAGGCACAUCACUACCUGCUCUUGUUUAGACAUAUGCCAACCAACUACGACCUUCAUGUACAGUUAAUGCUGACAUCACCUUCCCCGUUUUAACAGGCCUGGUAUUUAUUUUAUAAGUGAACAAAAAUAAUCAUUUAAAGAGUGAGAAUAACUAAACAUUUGUAUCUUGCUCAAAACAAUGGGUUCCCAUUAUGAGGAAUUUUGUUCUCUUGUUGCCUAGAUCUGAAAAAUAAACACAACUUU